AAUAUGCCUAAGCAAGUAGAAGUCCGGAUGCAUGAAAGCCAUUUAAAUCCAGUGGAGCACAGAUCCGGGAACAUAUGUGUGCAGUUCUGCCGGUCGCUCCACAAGAAUCUGCUCCUGACUCUUACUGUGUUUGGUGUCAUCCUGGGUGCAGUGUGUGGGGGUCUUCUUCGUCUAGCAACACCUAUUGACCCUGACAUCAUCAUGCUAAUAGCCUUCCCAGGAGAUAUACUUAUGCGGAUGCUAAAAAUGCUGAUCCUCCCUUUAAUUAUCUCCAGUUUAAUCACAGGACUGUCUGGUUUAGAUGCUAAAGCAAGUGGCCGAUUGGGCACAAGAGCCAUGGUCUACUACAUGUCCACCACUAUUAUUGCUGCUGUGCUGGGUGUGAUUUUGGUUUUAGCCAUCCAUCCUGGGAAUCCAAAACUCAAGAAACAGCUUGGUCAAGGGAAGAAGAACGAUGAAGUAUCUAGCCUGGAUGCUUUCUUGGAUUUGAUCCGAAACUUGUUCCCUGAAAAUCUAGUUCAAGCAUGCUUUCAGCAGAUCCAAACUGUCACCAAGAAAGUGCUGGUGCCAAUACCCGUUGAAGAGCCAUCUAAUGUCACCGAUUCUGCUAUCGCCAUGGUGAAUGAGUCAAUGCGUGAAGCACCACCUGAAGCCCAAAUGGUCAUCAAGAAGGGACUUGAAUUUAAGGAUGGCAUGAAUGUCUUGGGUUUGAUAGGAUUCUUUAUUGCUUUUGGCAUUGCUAUGGGGAAAAUGGGAGAACAGGCCAAGAUGAUGGUGGAUUUCUUCAACAUCCUGAAUGAGAUUGUCAUGAAGUUAGUAACUAUGAUCAUGUGGUAUUCCCCUCUGGGUAUUGCUUGCCUCAUCUGUGGAAAAAUCAUUGCAAUCAAGGACUUAGAAGUAGUUGCUAGACAACUUGGCAUGUACAUGGUCACUGUGAUUGUGGGUCUUCUCAUCCAUGGAGGGAUCUUCCUGCCUCUGCUCUACUUUGUGAUAACAAGGAAAAGCCCAUUUUCAUUCCUUGCUGGGAUUUUCCAGGCAUGGAUCACAGCACUAGGCACAGCUUCCAGUGCUGGAACAUUGCCUGUCACAUUCCGGUGUCUUGAAGAAAAUCUUGGCAUCGAUAAGCGUGUAACAAGGUUUGUUCUUCCUGUUGGAGCAACGAUCAACAUGGAUGGAACUGCCCUUUAUGAAGCUGUGGCUGCCAUCUUCAUUGCACAGAUGAAUGGAAUUGACCUGGAUGGAGGCCAGAUAGUUACUGUGAGUUUGACCGCCACUCUUGCAAGUGUUGGAGCUGCCAGUAUUCCCAGCGCAGGACUUGUCACUAUGCUUCUGAUCCUUACUGCAGUGGGUCUCCCUACCCAGGACAUCAGUCUGCUUGUUGCUGUUGACUGGCUUUUGGACCGGAUGAGAACGUCAGUCAAUGUAGUGGGGGAUUCUUUUGGUGCUGGCAUUGUCUACCACCUUUCCAAGGCAGAACUCGACACCAUUGAUUCCCAUCAUAAAGGGCAUGAAGACAUUGAAAUGACCAAGACUCAGUCAAUCUAUGACGACAUGAAAAAUCAUAGGGAAAACAACUCAAACCAAUGUGUUUUUGCAGCUCACAACUCAGUCAUGGUAGAUGAGUGCAAGGUAACACUGGCAACCAAUGGCAAAUCUGCAGACUUCAGUGUUGUUGAAGAAGAGCCUUGGAAACGUGAAAAAUAA